GGAGAAGAGUGCGCCUGCAAAGGACGCACCCGCCGUAUACAACUUAGAAAGUCCACACCCGGUGCAAACCCGCCGACGCCGCUACCACCACCGUGUAUCGAGUUUCCAUAUAUAUAUAUAUAUAUAUAUAUAUAUUUUUCAACGGUACCGGACGCGGUCAUCUCAGUCCCUUCCGCCCCCUCCCCCCCUUCUCCUCCUCUCCUCCCCAUCCUUUGCUGUUCUUCUCGCUCUUCUCAUUCGUGCACUGGCGAUACAUUACAAGACAACAUCAAUACAUAUAUAUUCACUAAAAAACCAAUUAGAAAUACCACCGCAGUGGACAGUGAAAGAAGCAGUGCUUUAAAAAAAAGAAGAGAAUACGCUAUCGUGUGUUGGCUGCCGUUGUUGUCGCCGUCGUGGGAUUUCUGCUAGAGUUCGUGUGCUACAAGUAGCGGCUGCGGCGCUGCUGACCUAUUUAUCGAAGCUCUCCUUUCGCUCUCUCACUGCUGAGUUCUCUUUCUUCCUUCGCUUGCCGCGGAGAACGGUUUAAAGAAAGAAGAAUAAUAGUAUAUAUAAAUAUUUAGCAAAGAAGAGAGGAAACCCGGUCGGCUUUUUUUCCUGUCUCACGCCGUGCAACCGCGUUAGAACGAGACGAGAAGAGAGUGAUAUAUGUAUCCACACGCUGCUCACCGUAUUUCUCUCGCACCGGCUGCAUCGCAUUUACCUUCUCGGGAACAUUGUUUUUGAUUUUUGCUGCUGCUGCUGCUGUUCGACGUGAGAAGAGGCUGAAGAAAGAGGAGACACGGCGCUAUUCGAACACGAGGUAUUGCUCUUUUGUAGGAUUCAUUCGAGGGGCGGGGCUAAGAGACGUCAACGCAGCGGAAGGAACGAAGGAGGUGGAGGGUCUUCUCUUUUCUUUUUCUUUCUUUUGCGCAUCGUCUCAGCGCUCUUUAAAUAUAUACCCACAAACCCACACCCACACACAGACCGCACAGAUAAGCACCACAGCAAUUCGGGCAGCUCCGCCUUUUGUGUUGUUCUCUUUCUUUCCUUUUUUCUCUCUUUCUCCUUCUGGCUCUUCUGCACAACGCAGAUGUCCGCCACACCGUGCAGCAACGCGGGCACCGGCGUGUCGUCGCCGCGCCGUCUCGCACCUCCCGUCGCCGCCGUGACGGUCCUUCUCGUCCUCCUCGCCCUUCUGUGCGUCGUCCCUCGCCCCACCAACGCCCUCAACACGUGCGAGGAAAUAACGCGGUGCAGCGAGUGCGUGUACGACCAAACACAGGGGAUCAUGCCGCCUCCCCUCCUCUGCGGCUGGUGCGAGAGCUCGCACUCGUGCAAGGAGGUGAACAGCACCGUCUUGUCUUACUACGGUGCGACGCUCUCGCCGAGCCCGUCGACAGGCGACAAUGAUGACGACGGACAACCGGUGCCCACUCACUCCCCGGAGGAGAUGGCGGCCUUCCGCGCGGCCUUCUGCGAGGAUUUGCGCGAGCGUGACUUGAACGGUGUGUGCCCGGAUAUGUCCUGUGCGGCGGCGAGGACGACGAACAACAUUUAUAUCUGCCGCCCGCCACCUCUCAUCGCUCUCGUCGUCGGUUGCCUGCUGUUCGUCGUGACGGUGGCCAUGUAUGUGUGGAUGCGUACCAUCCGCCAGCUGCCGUGGAAGUAUGAACCGUUCCUGUCGGACCUGCUGGAGGGUCGCACACGCGCGUACGAGGCGGAGGGCGAGGAGCGCAGAGAUCAUGACAACGCUGCAGAGGAGGAGACCGCCGCCGCCGCAGCAGCAGCAGCUACCGUAGGAGCAGCCGAAAUUGGGAAUACAAACAGCAGCAGUAGAAGUCGUCACGAAAACAGCAUCGAUGACGCCUCUGGAGCUUCGCCGGUACGGCGAGUGCGUACGGGACCGCUGCACACGGCGUACUCGAGCUCCCCACUGCGUGACGGACCUCCACCACCGCUGCCGCUGCUGUCGCCCCCACCUCCACCCCCACCGUCCAGCCCGCACAUCAUCAACAACGAUGUGGAUGACGACGACGACGAUGAUGCCCCGAGCACGGAGACGGCCUCCACCGUGUCGAACCCCUCGUACCUCGGCAACGUCUCGCACAACGUCGUCGUGGCGCAUCACCCGCACGUGGCGGUUGCUGGAGGAGCCUCCAUGGGUGUCUCUUUUGCCGCCGCCGCUGCUGCUGCUACGGCGCACCCCUCUACUGCUCUUGCUCCUGCUGCUGCUGCUGCCGCUGCGACGGGCUACUGCCCUAUCUGCAAGUGUCGCCAGCCGGUCUCUCUCGGUCCUGGCGAAGUCUGCUUCUGGUGCAACGUCGCUCGCUUCAGCUUUGUACCCUUCUCCAUUGCUCUCAUCAGUGCCGUCUUCGUCAUUGUGCUGGACUUUGCCGUGUCGCUCAAGCCGUGGUUCUCCGACUGGUACUUUGCGGAGGUGCUGGUGAUCGCCUACGCCUCGUAUGGGGCGCUAGGAGCAUACAUGGUGCACCACCACGGCCGUGCGCCGCUCUUCUUCUUUGAGAGUGAGGCGGAGCGAAGGGCGAAUCAGAAGAUUUGGUCCACCACACACGACCGCCCCGCGGCGGCGACGGCGGUGUUCCUGCCUGGUGUGCCACCGUGCGAUGCCCCCAACAACCGCGAUAGCAACAACAACAGCAGCGGCGGCGGCCAUGACGGGCUUUCUACUGGGAGCCCGUCGCGUCGGGGUCGCACCACCGCCGCUGCCGCCGCUGCUCCGAUGACGGCAGCUGGGUUUCUCUUCACGCAGGAUGCCGGUGGCGGCGUGGCUCAGCACGAUCACCGCCGCUCCGCCGACAACCAGAGGCUGCGCUUGCUGAACGACGCGCGGCGCAACAUGGCCAGCACCUACUACUUUCAACUCGCCCUACAGCUGCGCGGACGGGCGCUGCUGACCUGCAUGCCGGAGUUGAAGAAGUACACGGCGCAGCUCGAGUCGAUGCAAGCGUCACCGGCAACGUUGGCGGCGGUGGGCGACGCGGUGGCGGUGAUGCGACCUGCCGCCUCAGCCGUCGCCACAGGCAGCCGCGUUGGCUCCACACCGGGAUCCCCACACGGGGCGAAGCUGACGAACAACAACAGCAACGUUUCCGCUGCUGCUCUGGCUGAGCACCGCAGUGCGCGCCUCGCCCACGCACCGAUCAUCUCCCCUUUCGCUGCCGCCGUGCCUCUUCUCGAAUCCGCCGGCGCUGCCGCCGUUGACCCUUCCUCCAACGACGCUGCUGCUGCUGCGGAUGCGGUUGCGCCAGCGGAGAGCCCCAACGGUGCCGUAGGCGCCUCCCCUGCGUCGGCUUCCUCGCCGUCCCUGUCGUCGGGGUUUGAGAACAGCCGAUUGCCGCCGCUUGCCCACGUCGCGGCCACACCACCACCGCCACCGCCACCGCGACGAGUGGUUAGUGGCAGCAACAAUGCGAGUACGGCCACGAAGCCUGUGGAGGCCGCACCGAACCCCUCCGCAGCUGCCGCGAUGGUGCAGGCGUCAUCUCCGCUACCACCGCCGCCGCCUGCGCCUGCGACGCCGCCUGUAGCCCCUGCUGGUGGCCCCAUCGGGUCCCCAGCCGCCACCAACAUCCCCGAGAGCCUCGCUCGUCAGAAACGCGGAGAGACGGUGCAGCUGCUGAGCUCCGACUUUCUGUCUCCACAGUACGCUCGGUCGCUGAAGGGUGCGCUCUACCGCGAUGAGUACAUUCUCUGGUGCGCGAAGCCGAACCUGCAUGGUGUGUUGAUGAAGAACGAGUGGCUGCUGUUGGACCUCGCGGCGGGCUUUUUGUUUGGGCUGUGGAUGGUGGUUCUGUCAUCCGUCAGCGACAAGACGUACGCAAUUGUGCAACUGUGCGGCUCGGCGGCGGUGGCGGCGUGCGGCUGGAUCGCGAUGAUUCUGUUUGCGGUGCUGCUCGUCAUCGUCGUGCGGCAGUGCGGGCGGCUCUACGUGCUCACGAACGAGCGCCUGAUCACCGUGUAUGAGAGCGUCAUCACACCGGUGACCACCGCCACCGACCUCAGCACCGUCCGCUUCGCCGCCUUGUACGGCUACCGCAGCCUGUGGUCGAAGCAUCCGUGCCUGACGUUCUCGUGGGAGGUGCCCGCGACGGAGCGCAAGAUGCCGGUGAUCAAGAGUCACGCGUUUCCUGGUAUUACGCAGCUGCAGGAGUUCCUGUUCUUCUUUUGCCUCGUCGCUCCACAAACCCCCUUCCACCUCGAGCAGAUCUCGGAGUCCGCGAAGCAGGAUCGGCAGGAGUGGCGGCUGCACAUGUGUUUGUGCAUCGGCGCCUUCGUGGCUCUUCCGAUUGUCACCAUCUACCCGCAGGCGAUGCCAGACUUCCUCGCUGUCUUCCUCUACGUGCUGGGCCUGCUGCUGAUCUACGCGACCUUGCUUCGCGGCUUCUGCGCCCAGCAGAUGACGUACGUCCCGCUAAACAUCGCCGCGUCGUGGGCCCCGGAGGGGGAGCUGGCGGAGCUGCACGCCGUGAAUGCGGCACGAUCGCUGUCACACACACCUUCGCCACCACCACCGCCACCGCCGCCGCCACCGCCGACCUCUUCAGCUCCACACCCUGCUCCCUCCCCUCCGAGUACAUCGCCAACUACUCUCCCACAGCAGCAGCAACAGACAGCAGCAGCGCCCUUCUUGAAAGAGGGAGGCGGAGGCGACGGCGGUCACACCGUGCAGGUCGCCACGCCCCCCACGCUUUCCCCGAUCUUGCGAGGUCAGCCCGACCAGAGCAGAGAUGCGCAUCCUGCUGUCACCUCCGCCGCAGCACCACACUUGACCGAUGCCAGCACAACGGCGGGCGAGCCCGUGCCGCUGGCAGGGACAGCCACGACGCGCAGCACCGCAGGUUCGCGCACGCAGCCGGCAAACGGUGGUGGACCCUUUCCAUCUAUCUCUGCUGGGCCGCUGCCACCACAGUCCGCGAAGCCACUCGCCAUCCCUACUACAGCAGCGGCAGCAGUCAGCGGCAGCAGCGGCGGCGGUGGCGGCGGAGACUCAUCUGCGAGCAAUGCGAAGGCUAACGCUAUUGCUGCUCUCCACAGUACCAGCAACAACAGCUAUACACCCACCUGCACGGCGAGCUCGACCCCCUGCACGACACCAACCUCCGUGGGGCUCUCGUCCGCGUUGUUGGCAACCCCGUCAUCGCUGUCCAAGGCGCGUCCGACCGGCUCGCCGCAGGAGCACGCCCACGAUGACGUGCCGCAGCUCUACGCCCCGUCGUCGUCCUAUCAGCUCCGUAUGAGGCGUAGCGAGAGUGAUGAGGCGGUGAGUGCGCGACGGGGCGCCGCGACAUCCGCGGCGGACGUGGGACACCUCGUGAAGCGCAGUGACAGCACCCACAGAGGCGGCGGCGACGGCCUCGCAGCGUCGAUGAAAGGGAGCCGUCGCGCCUCGCUGGUGCACGUCGUGCCGGCGUCGGCGCGGUCCACCAAGCCGGACGGACACACCACGUGGGGGGAUCAGGUGGAGGAGCAGGGGCAGUGA